AUGAGAGCUGCUAUACCCAUAGCUCUUGCUAUUUAUACCGCAAUUGGGUCUCAACAACAAAAACAAAAAGCUGAAAGAACACAGCAGUUUGAUUUGGAACAAGCUGAAAAAAUACGGCAGUUUGAUUUGGAACAAGUUGAAAAAUUAAGACAACGAACACUUUAUGAUGAAUUUAUAAAUAAUAUCUAUAAACUGGAUAAAGAUGGUUAUCUGAACGACACAAAAACUCCAUGGGCAUUUGCAAAUGCAUAUUAUCGUGCUGCUCAUCGUCAAUGGGAUACAAUACGUAAAGCAGAUGUUUUACAAUUUCUUAAAGAAAAACAAUUAAUUGGCAGAAAUAAUUGUACUAGUGGAUGUAGAACGACAGAAUUAGAUGAUAUAAUUCGUUUGAAUGAAUUAAACUUUGAUAAUGUACAUCUAGCAAGUGAAACUGGUGAAUUAAAUAAGUUGAAUUUACAGUGCGUUUCUUUUGAUCAAGUAUCAAUGUCAAAUGCAACAUUUUCAUUUGCUAGUUUAAACGGUGUAUCAUUUGAUGGAGGACGAUUUGAUAACGUUAAAUUUGAUGGUUCAUCUUUAGCUUGUGCUAGUUUUAAUGGUGUAAAUCUGUCGGGUGCAGAUUUUGGAAACUCAAAUCUGACAGGUGCACACUUUUCAAACAGUGAUAUGACAGGUGCUAAAAUAACGGAAGAUCAAAUAAAUCAGGCAUCUUUUAAUAAUGUAAUUAUGCCGAACGGAGAGAAGAGUGAAACUACAUCAUCAACAACAACAAAAAAACCUAUAACACAAACAACAACAAUAAUAGAAACAAAAAUGUCGACAGCAACAUCAUCAUCAUCCUCAACAACCUCAUCAUCACCAACAAUAACGUCAUCGUCAUCAACAGUAUCAUCAACAUUGUCGACAACAACAUCCUCAUCAUCAGCAACAACAACAACAUCAAUCGCUUGUAAUAGUACAUUUCUUAAUCAAACUAUUUAUGCAGUUGGUGUGCGUCCAGUGUCAGUAGUAGUAGCCGAUGUGAACAACGACAAUCAACCGGAUAUAGUCACUGCUAAUAAAGGUUCAGAAAUCAUCAGUCUUCUUCUCAACAGAGGCAACGGCACUUUUUCUCCUCAAAUAACUUACGAAGCUGGUUUACAACCAAGUUCAGUUGCAGUAGCCGAUGUAAACAAUGACAAUAAACCCGAUAUUAUCGUCGCAAACUGGGGUGAAAACACCACCAGUGUUCUCCUACAAUGUUAA